AUGCGUGAAGUUAUCUCGGUACACGUGGGUCAAGCUGGUGUGCAGAUUGGGAAUGCUUGCUGGGAGCUUUACACAGUCGAACACGGUCUCAGUCCUGAUGGUCGUCUUCCUGAAGGCUCUGUAGCCAACGACGAUGGUUUUAGUACCUUCUUCUCAGAGACUUCGUCCGGCAAACACGUCCCGCGAUCUCUUUACAUCGAUCUUGAGCCCAAUGUCAUCGACGAGAUCAGGAAUGGUCCUUACAGGAGUCUCUUUCACCCUGAGACUCUUAUCACCGGCAAGGAGGAUGCUGCCAGCAACUAUGCGAGAGGUCACUACACCAUCGGAAAGGAAAUGAUCGACACCGUGAUGGACAAGGUUCGCCGUCUCUCGGACAACUGUUCUGGUCUUCAAGGAUUCUUCGUCUUUCAUUCGUUUGGUGGUGGAACUGGCUCUGGUUUCGGUGCCCUUAUCCUCGAGCGUCUUUCCAUGGAUUACGGAAAGAAGUCUAAACUUGAGUUCAGUGUAUACCCCGCGCCCACGCUCGCAAACUCAAUCGUUGAACCUUACAACUCUGUUCUGACCACCCACACCACCUUGGAACACUCAGACUGUUCAUUUAUGGUUGACAAUGAAGCUAUCUAUGACAUUUGCAAAAAGAAUUUGAGCAUCCCAGCCCCAGGCCUCACUAAUCUAAACAGGCUUAUUGCUCAAGUUGUGUCUUCCAUCACCGCGUCAUUGCGUUUCGACGGUUCUUUGAAUGUCGAUCUGAAUGAAUUCCAGACUAACCUCGUUCCCUUCCCCCGUAUUCACUUCCCUCUUGCCACGUUUGCUCCCAUUAUUUCCGCGGAUAAAGCUCACCACGAGCAAAAUUCAGUUGCGGAUAUGACUUUCUCAUGUUUCGAGCCUGGAAAUCAAAUGGUCAAGUGUGACCCGAGGGAAGGCAAAUAUAUGGCUUGCGCUUUGCUAUACCGUGGCGAUGUUGUUCCCAAGGACGUGAACGCUGCCGUGUCUAUCAUUAAGACGAAGCGUACCAUUCAAUUUGUUGACUGGUGUCCCACCGGCUUCAAGCUUGGUAUCUGUAACGAACCCCCGGCGCAUGUACCUGGCGGAGACCUUGCGAAGGUUAGCCGCAGCAUGUGUAUGUUAUCAAACACCACCGCGAUCUCGUCUGCAUGGAGCCGUCUUGAUCAUAAAUUCGACCUUCUAUACUCUAAACGUGCGUUUGUUCACUGGUACGUCGGUGAAGGAAUGGAGGAGGGUGAGUUCUCUGAGGCUCGUGAGGACUUGGCUGCCCUUGAGAAAGACUACGAGGAAGUUGGUAUUGACUCUGCUGAUAUUGAAGAGUCAGGUGAAUACUAG